AAAUCAUAUAAUAUAGAUAGAAAUUAUACAGAUAAAAUCAAAUCAACGUUUGUUUCGUCACUAUUUGAAUAUUUGGAUGGAUUGGUUCAUCUUGCAUUUACAGAAUAUAAUCCGAUUGAUCCAUUAGAAAAAGAAUCCACAGAUAUUAUUCAUAAAUCAAGAAUAGAUCCCUCUCAAAUUGAAUCAAGAAUCUUGCUUACAAUCAGCAAUCUUUCUAAUUUAAAACAAGUAGUAAUACCUCAUUUAAUUUCACAAUUUGAAUCGGAUGAAAAAAGAUGCACUAAGGUGAAUCCAUAUGUUUAUAAGGCCUUAUUAUCGCUUGUAAUGGUUCAUUCGCAAGUUAGUGAUAUUGCUAAACAACUUGUUGAUCGUACAUUGUCAGCUUUAUUGGAAAGUAUGUCACAAUAUUGUCUUGAAUCUUUUCGACAAGUUAAUAAAUUCGGCAUGGGCGGAUUAUUACAGGCAACAUUAGAAGUUGAAUUUAUGCAUCAAUCUUUAUCGCAAUACAUUACACCAAAAGCACAAGAGAUAUUUAAAGAAAUAUAUGAAACUAUUGAACGAUUAUAUGAUAGUGAUCAUGUAUCAGGGAGUUUGGAUACAGAAUUAGCUGGUGUUAAACAAUUAUUGAUUGAGGGACGUAAAAAUACAA